GCUGGUGUAAACAGUGAUCGGUGGUCCAUGUGUGUUGCUUCGGUUUACGGUGUAGGGUGUAGUUUGUGAUUGUAAGUAAACCUGUGUCCAGUGGAGAUUAAUAUACGUUGAUGGACUACUUUAAUACUACUUAUUAUAGCUCUACCAUAGAGUCCUUGGUUGGCACUGUCAAAGUGGAAGCUGCUCAUGUUAAGUGGGUUACAUGUCGCGUCCACUGGCUCUACCCGUUAGACCACAAACAGGUCGCGCCCGAGCUCUCUGCUCCCGCUGCUGCUGUGUUGUUGUGAAGGCGCGCUGGACGACUGAGGGACAGCAGCCAGAGUGACAGCCGUUGCCCCGCCGCUGCCUGCUUUCAUCGAUCUUGCUGCGUUAUCGUUUCAAGCCAGCGUAAAGAGUCACCAUGGGCUGCUGCUGUGCUAAAGAGGAGGAGGAGAAUGUGAACCCGAUGAAGAAACCACGAGGUUGCACGGAUGUUGUCGCGCUCAUGCUCUUCCUGCUAUUCUGGGGCGGCAUGAUUGUCAUCGCCGCGUUUUCCUUCACGUUUGGCGACGCUAAACGACUGAUCUACGGCUACGACUCGUACGGCAACAUCUGCGGCAAGAACAACACUCCCAUAAUGAAUCUGACAUAUUCGGGCAUCGACAUGACCGACAAGAAGUACGUGUUCUUCUUCGACCUGUGGAGCGUGCGUGAGUCGCGCUGCAUCUGCGUGCGCGAGUGUCCGCCGGCGACCAUCAGCACGCGGACGAUGCUGGAGGACUACGCGCGCGAGAGCGGCUCCUUCCUCUGCGACUACGACGUCCCCAUCAACGACUACAGCAACCAGAUGCUGGCGCCGGGCGGCACGAAGGGACCGUGCCCCAAGCUCAACGUACCCAAGCAGCUGCCUGUGCUGAACCGCUGCAUACCGGCAGACAUCGCCGAGGUGGGAGCGGAGGUGAUGGAGGACGUCUAUGCAUUCCUCAACGACAACGAUCUCGUGCAGAGCGUGCUCAUGGACCUCGGGAACGGCUGGAGCCUCAUGAUCCUGCUGUCGUUCAUCGCCGUGCUGCUGUCUCUGAUCAUCAUGGUAAUGAUGCACUGGAUGGCCGCAGUCAUUGUCUACCUGCUCUGUAUCCUAGCCAUGUUGGGAUCCUUAGUCGGCACGGCUCUGCUCUGGUUCAACUACGUCAUCGUGAAGAAGAAGCUGGAUUCGACGGUUGAGGAGAGAACGCUGGUCAGCUGGUGCAGCGACGAAACUCUCUUCCUCACCUUCUCCAUCGUCGCCACCGUGCUGACGGUGAUCCUAUUUCUCAUCAUACUGGUGAUGUUCAAGCGCAUGAAGCUGACCGUGGCUCUGUUCGGGGAGGCGGGCAAGGUCGUGCGCAGCAUGCCGUGUCUCCUCAUGCAGCCACUGUACACAUUCCUCGUGCUUAUCGCAUUCAUACUGUACUGGAUGACGGUGAUGAUGUUCCUUAACACAGCAGGUGCUAUAAUCAAGGACCCAGAGACAAACGAGACCAAGUUCCAGAAGGCACCGUGGCUGCAGUCGUUCUGGUGGUACCAGGUGGUUGGUUUUCUGUGGACGUGUGAAUUCAUCCUGGGCUGCCAGCAGAUGGUGGUGGCAGGAGCAGUAGCUUCGUGGUACUUCACCAGGGACAAGAACGAGCUGAAAGAUCCGAUCGGAAAGUCGAGAUGCAGACUCAUCAUACAUCAUCUGGGCACGGUGGCCCUUGGUGCAUUCAUCAUCACGCUAGUCAAACUACCAAGACUCAUCCUCAUAUGGGUGCAGGAAAAGUUAAAGGGUGGUGACAGCAACAGCACGUGUACAGAAUGGUGCCUCAAGUGCUGCACCUGCUGCCUCUGGUGUCUUGAGAAAUGUCUCAUAUACCUUAACCACAACGCGUACACUAUUACGGCCUAUGAAGGCUCAAGCUUCUGCCCUGCUGCGAAGAAAGCGUUCAACACGUUGUUCAGCAACGCGCUGCAGGUUGCCGCUAUCAACAGCGUCGGAGAUUUCGUUCUCUUCCUAGGCAAGCUGGCCAUCACCGGAUUCACUGGUCUCAUCGGCAUCCUCAUCUUUCAGAAUCAACCGGGCUACAAUUACUAUGCGAUCCUGGUGCUCAUCGUCUGUGUGUUUGCAUUCUUCAUUGCACACUGCUUUCUGUCCGUGUACGAGAUGGUGAUAGAUACGCUGUUCCUCUGCUUCUGUGAAGACCAGAAUAUGAACGAUGGGUCAUCGGGCCGGGAAUAUUACAUGGAAAAGUCGCUCAUGGAGUUUGUUAACAACAGCACGGCAGCGCUGAAGCGGUUAGAGAAUCCGUCAACUCCACGUGACGGCACGGCAGAAGAAAGGAACAGUAUGUAAGCGUGUCGGCCAUGACGCCUGCCGGUGUCGAAUUCAACCGAGUAAAGUCACAGUAUUAUCCAAAGCACAUGCUACUAUUAUAGUGAGUCAGCAGUGAUAUACGACUACGCCGUUCAAACGAAGCCGUUUCAUAGAUUUGCUGUCAUUUAACAAUUUGAUGUUUAGAUUAUCUGUUGUAUCACAUCUCAGGGUGGUAAUGGUUGUGUUGUCUCUUUUCGCUCUAGAUAGUUUUACGUAAGCAGUGUAAGUCGUUGGCAGUCACUGUCGAGUCUCUGCAUUUUAACGUGACAGCAAGUUUUAUCGUACAUUUAUAUUUGUUUUAUGUAAUAAGCAUGUUGAGCAGAAUACAUGCUCCUACGAUAUUUAACUGAUUAUUUAAAGUUUAAUCGUUCUCUGUCUGCGUUGUUAGGAUAUGCUGUACGUAUUGUUAUAGUUGGACUAGAUGAACUUAUCAAUAGAUGCAAUAGAAAUAGAAAUACAUAUGAUAUCUAUAGAAUGAGUGCAUUAGUUGAAUAAUCCCAAUCGAUGUAUUUAUUCUCUCAGCUGCCUAAACUAUGUCUAACAAACAGUUAGAGCCAGCCCAGUAUGAGGGGUGAUUCUAUUUCCGAGGUAAGACGGCCUUUGAUGUCGAGAUGCUAGGGGUAUGCACAUUAGCGUGUCUCCAGAUCCAGAUCAUGAAAUCUGUAGCAGGGAUAGCACCCGUAACAUCCUCCCCCUCCCCCCAUCUUAACUCUGCAUUAGUUAGUUUUAAUGAACGUACCUGUACCAGCAAUGAUAUAGUCGUGUUUUUUAUACAUUUAGUGUGCUCUACUUCUGUGACUGACCUAGCCAUAAGUUAGUUAUAAGUUAUAAGAGUGCAACUUGUCCAGAUGAGCUGUUUAGCGCCACGUUUAAAAAGUUUUCCGUUGUCUUGUUGUUCUCUGUGCAUGUAUGGCCGGGUAAUACACUCAAUGUGAAAAGGGACCUACCAUCAAUGCUAGUGGCCCUGCCCCUUGUUUCCUUGGGUGUUCUGUCAUUUUUGACUGGGCCAACUGAUCAUAUAGUACUGAUGUUGUGUUCGGCUAAAAUCAAGUAACAUGCAUUGUCAGUGUAGAUCAAACUACACAUUAGAGCUACACAAGAGUUCGUUGAAAAUAAAGAUGUUAAUAAAUAUUAUUUAACAUGGUUAUUGCCGACUAUGGAUUGUCACGUAACAUGCAGACGCAUUUAUACUCUGAAUUCUGAUAGUUACGUGUAAAAACAAGAAACUAGAGUUUACAACGACUAAAGUCAAGCUUUAGCAGACGAAUAUUGUCAUAUGAUAUGUUUGAAGGUUAUAAUUGCUACUGUAGCAAUGCAGAGAAAUAUAUUACUUAUGAUAUAGUAAUAAUAAUUAUUUUCCAAAUUGGUUGUCUGUCCACCAAUUUUGUUGGACUAUUGAAUUUACUAUUAUACCCCGACUUCAAUAUAUACACGUCUCACGUACUAUACUUACCACAAUCAUGUUUGUUCGUAAAGGAUUUUAUUCCUAAACAUGUGCAUAAAUCUGAUGAAGAUAUUUAUUUUGCGCUUUUAGAUUCUGCUUGUGAUCAUUCAUUAAAUUAAAACAAAUGUAUUUUUGUCUGUAUUGGACAUCUAUUUGUGUGAUUAUACUGUUAUGUGUAAAACAGUUAAACAAAAUGUGAACAAUUAAAUGUAAUUCAAUGCCAUUUCACGUGAACAUAAUUUUAUCGAGCGCAUUGGCAUUUUGAUAAAUGUAAUUUAUAAUUAUUUUACUUAAUUAUGUAUCUCUGUGGUUGUUGACUAUCGGUCUGUAUGCUCCGAGCACAUUUGAAUUUUUCUGCAUGUUUGUAUGUGCUGGUGUGCGAGUGUGACUGUGGGAACCAUGGUACUAUAUGGGUUUCUAUUGAGUUGUGCAUAAACCUAUCAAAUGUUCCAUCUAAUCUUCAAAAGAAAUUUUAUUGCUAUGAACUUUAAUCCCAAGGCAGAUAACCUAUAUAUAUCAGUAAAGAACUGCAUUCCACUCUUAAACAACUGUACUGUACUUAACUGCAGUGGUACCUACUUAUUCAUGUCCCACGAUCUGGUUGCUGACAAUUUGUGAACUGUUUACAUAGUGACGAAUGUAAGGUCUAUUACGUGUGAGUUCGUGUUUUUAUGAUAUAUGUCCAAUACAAUGAUUUUUAUCAUA